UAUGUACCCAUAAACCUUCAUUGCCUUAAUUAACACAAAAACACAUACCCAUAUAUAAAACCCAGAGAGAAAUAGAGAGAUGGGUCACAAGAGUUUUGUGGUUAGUUUUUUGUUCAUUUUGUGUUUGGAGAUUUUAAGGUUCAAUUUCUUGGAGGCUCAAAUGGUGCCAGCAAUGUUUGUUUUUGGAGAUUCACUUGUCGAUGUUGGGAAUAAUAAUCACCUUUCAGUCUCAAUUGCCAAAGCAGAUUUCCCUUUCAAUGGUAUUGAUUUCCCCACAAAGAAACCCACUGGAAGGUUUUCUAAUGGCAAGAAUGCUGCAGACUUUAUUGCUGAGAAAGUUGGGUUACCUUCUUCACCACCAUAUCUGUCUCUCAUCUCCAAAAAGAAUGAUUUAGCUUCAUCUUCUCUAACUGGUGUAAGCUUUGCCUCUGGAGGUGCUGGAAUUUUGAAUGGCACAGAUCAAGCACUUCGUCAAGCAAUCCCAUUGACAAAACAAGUAGCAGAUUAUGCAAUGGUGCGUGAAGCUUUGGUGCAAAAGAUAGGAUCAUCAGCUGCACGAGCUCUUGUAUCCAAAUCACUGUUUGUGGUUGUGAUAGGUAGCAAUGAUCUCUUCGACUACAAUGGAAAAUCUGAUCUACAAGGUAAGUACACCCCGGAGCAGUACCUCAACCAGAUGGCCUCCAUUUUAAAAGAUAGAUUGAAGCGAUUACACGCAAAUGGUGCGCGCAAAUUCUUUUCCGCUGGGGUUGGACCAAUUGGUUGCACUCCAUCACAGAGAGUUAAGAACGAAACACAAGUUUGCAAUGAAGAACUGAAUUCCUGGGUUGUCAACUACAAUCAAGUCCUCAAAUCAAUGUUGGAGCAGUUAAAGCAGGAGCUCCAGGACAUAAACUACUCCUACUUCGAUACUUACACUGUCUUGAACAACAUUGUCCAAAAUCCAACCAAUUAUGGGUUUAGUGAAGUGAAAGCCGCCUGUUGUGGGCGUGGAGACCUAAGAGCUAAGAUACCUUGUGUGCCCGUUGCAAAGUAUUGCCCUAACAGAAGAGAUCAUUUGUUUUGGGAUCUAUACCAUCCAACGGAGGCAGCAGCUAACAUCUUAGUGGACACUAUUUUCGAUGGUCCAUCAGACUACUCAUUCCCCAUGAAUUUAAGACAACUUGUUAGUGUUUAAUCACACAACUAUAUAUAUAUAUAUAUAACAUAAUACGAUUUUAAUGUAA